CGGGGACGACACCGACAACCACUGUAAAGUCGCCCCAUCAACUUGCGCCAUGACGAAACCGAAUCAAGGCGUCGACAUGAAAAAGCCCGAUGCCUCGGAAGAGGAGGAGGAAGAAGAACUGGAGGACCACGAUGACUCGCCUGACGAAGAGGUCGAAGACCAACUAAAAGAAGCCAAAUUAGCCGACAUCGAACGGAUUUUGCAAUCGGAUCCCUAUAGCUACCAAGCCCAUCUGGACCAUGUCGAUAUUUUAAAAUCAAUGGGUGACUUGGACCGGUUGCGGCUCGCCCGUGAAUCCUUUGCCUCGCAUUAUCCAUUAGCGCCCCCAUUAUGGUUGGCUUGGAUCCGGGACGAACAAAGUCUCGUGAGCACCAGCGACGAACGAACUCGGGUCAUGGCACUUUUCGAGCGAGCCACUCGCGAUUACGCCUCCGUGGACGUGUGGCUUGAAUUUUGCCAGUUUACCUUGGGCAAUAUCGGCUCGCCAGAAGGUAUUCAAAUGGCCCGUGAAGUGUUUGAACGAGCGAUAUCUAGUGUGGGUCUCCAUAUGGCGCAAGGUGGCCUGAUCUGGGCUGCUUACCGCGAAUUUGAAAGUGCUUUGGUUGGGCUUCAAAGUGAUAGCGAGAAACCGGCUCAACUGAAACGAAUCGACGAUAUCUUCAAGCGUGAAUUAGCCGUCCCCCUAUUGGGCAUGGACCAAACCAUGGCUGAAUAUGAGACCUGGUCCACGGUCGAUUUCAAAGGGGUGGUGGAACGUCAUGUGGUGGAAAAGUUUAAGAAGGCUAAAAUCAUGAUGAAUGCACGAGAGCCCAUGGAGAAUGAGGUUUUACGCGAGAAAGAAGACGGUCAUUUGGAUGCAUAUCGACGAUAUCUGGAUUUUGAGUUGAAAGAGAAUCAUCCACCUCGAAUUCAAUGUCUGUUCGAACGAAGGAUCACGGAUCACUGUCUUGAACCCAUUGUGUGGGUUGAGUAUUUGCAGUAACUAAAUCGUACUCUGAAAAUCGAUACCGUAAGUCUUGGCGUUCACGAACGAGCUAUACGAAAUUGCCCUUGGUCCAGAGAGUUGUGGGUUAGCUAUUUGCGGUCCUUGGAGCGAUAUGAACGCCCUGGGCCGGAAAUCGUGAAAUGCUUUGAAACUGCCCUCUCGGCAGGGCUCGCUGAUGUGACUCAUGUUUGGUUGGUUUUCCUCUCUUUUAAGCGAAGAGCACUCAGAUUUGAUCAACAUGAAAAGAAAGAAGAUGAAGAAAAAGAUGUCCAAGAAAUGCGUCAACUUUUUGGCAAGGCUUUGGAACAAGUGGUCACUCUAGGUUGCGAUCCAACCUGUCGCAUUGCCCGGCUUUGGACCGCCAUGGAAAGUGAUUUAUUUGGCUCCAUUGACUCAGCUCGGAAUAUUUGGUCCGAUAUAAUGGCUGUCGUUGGGGCCCAGGCUCAAUUUUGGCUCGAGUUUCUGACCAUGGAGAAGACGUUCGGUGAUACCAAACACUUGAGAAAGCUCUAUCCAAGGGCUCUUGAUAAAGUCCAAGACUGGCCUCACCUUGUCGGGGACUUGUGGAUUCAAUUUGAAUUAGAAGAAGGAACUCUAGAUCAAAUUGAAUUGGCGGAGACUCGAGUGGCCGAGCGAGUGAAAUUGAUCCCCUGUCAAAAAGAGCUUGAUGUAAACUCAAGUCCGGUUAAGGUGGAUAAGCGGAAAGAGCGCGAUAGAUCCAAGCGACGAGAAAAACGGAAGAAUCCAACUGAAACCCCAAAUAACUCUCAAUCAGGUUCAAGUGGCCCCGUCGUGAAAAAAGCCAAGGUAGAAAAAGAACCAGCCUCAUUCAAAGCUCCUUUGCCGGUGUCUCCGUCAAAGCUUGAGAGCAAUUCCCCAGACAGACCUGUCAAAGUUAUCAAUCCUCCCCCUGGCUUUAAAGGCGAAAUCAAACCUCCUCCUGGGUUCAAAGGAGAUAUUAAGCCUCCCCCGGGUUUUAACGAUCAGAUCGCUCCACCUCCUGGAUUUGAAGAGUCGUCUCCGGCUGCACCAGAAAAGACCGAUAAAACCGACAAAAUUGCCAGAACUGUGUUUCUUAGCAACCUAGACUUUUCUGUCGACGAAAAGCGAUUGUAUCAGAUCAUGUCGAGCUCAGGGAAAGUUGUGGAUGUGCGUUUGGUGAAAAACUAUGCGGGGAAGUCCAAAGGCUUCGCUUACGUGGAAUUCCAUUCUCGGUCCUCUGCUCAAGAAGCUUUAGCUCGCGAUAAUGAACUCCUAGACGGCCGACCCAUUUUCAUCUCAGAAUUCAAUCCAGGCAAAGAUGGACACCAAUUCAAGUACAACACAGGAUUGGAAAAGAACAAGUUGUUUGUUAAAGGGUUUGGAACGAACAUUACCAAGGAGAAAUUGGGGGACAUCUUCGGAGAGCAUGGUCCAAUUAAGGAAGUUCGUUUGGUAACCUAUCGCAAUGGCCACUCCAAAGGUAUUGCAUUUGUCGAGUACGAAAAAGAAAGCGAUGCUCAGACUGCUCUGCUCAAGACAGACGGUACAACCAUCGAAGACAAGGAGAUCUCCGUAGCCAUCAGUAACCCACCUGAAAGAAAAGGAAGCCAAGGUCAACCUUCCUUUGCUUCCGAAACACACGUCAGGUCAUUGGGAGGUGGGAAGAAGGAAACUGGUCCCCGUGGACGCGGACGAGUUCAAGUGGCUUUCGUUCCUCGAGUCGUUCAAAAUUCAUCUAAGAACGCGGCAAAUAACUCCAAAGCGGACGAUCUGCCUUCGUCAAAAAGUAAUGGCUCAACCGUCAAGUCCAAUGAGGAUUUUCGAAAUUUAAUACUAAAACGAUAAUGCUAAAAACCACAAUAAACCAUUCCAUCCUAAUGAUGCUAUUUGGUAUUUUGUUACAGUAGGUGUACGUAUCUGGUUUUUACUUCCAG